AUGUCCGAGACCGUCCCCGCCGCCCCGGCCCACGCCGCCAAGAAGCCGAAAAAAGCGGCGGCCGGCUCCAAAGCCCGCAAGCCCGCGGGGCCCAGCGUCACCGAGCUCAUCACCAAGGCCGUGUCCGCCUCCAAGGAGCGCAAGGGGCUCUCCCUCGCCGCGCUCAAGAAGGCGCUGGCUGCCGGUGGCUACGAUGUGGAGAAGAACAACAGCCGCAUCAAGCUGGGGCUCAAGAACCUUGUUAGCAAAGGCACCCUGGUGCAGAUCAGAGGUGUAGGUGCGUCUGGCUCUUUCCGCCUUAGCGAAAAGCCUGGAGAAGUGAAGGAAAAAGCUGCCAAGAAGAAAAUAACUGCAGCCAAGCCCAAGAAGCCGGCAGCUAAGAAGCCCACUGGCGCCGCCAAGAAGCCCAAGAAGGCAGUGACAGUGAAAAAGAGCCCCAAGAAAGCCAAGAAGCCGGCGGCCAGCGCGGCCAAGAAAGCAGCCAAGAGCCCCAAAAAGGUGACAAAGGCUGCCAAGCCCAAAAAAGUGGCGGCAGCAGUGAAGAGCCCUCCUAAGGCAAAGGCGGUGAAGCCGAAAGCAGCCAAGCCGAAAGCAGCGAAGAAGGCAGCCCCCAAGAAGAAAUAAAUCCCCUGUGGAAGAAAAGGUAUUUCUCCACACUUUAACCCAACGGCUCUUUUCAGAGCCACACACUCUUUCUUAGAAACGCUGAAAUGCUGUUUGCCGCUGUUUUGUGGAAGAGGGGAGAUAUUUCGGGGAAUGGUGGUGUGCUGGUGCAAGUGCCAUUUCAUUUCGGCAAUGGCCACCCGGAGGAGAAAGAUUCAGGGUCGCUCAAAUUUCCCCUGCAUAGAAAGGGGAGGGAAACACCGCACUGGUGGCUUUAAAAUGCCGAUACGGCAUACGGAUUGGGUACGGCCUCGGGAAGGCUGAUCUGCUUCCUGAGAGCGCUGACAGCCCCGCCCCGGAGCCGGAGUGGUUUGAGCACGGGGCUGCGGCUCGUACUAACUGGGGGUGUGCGAUUAUAUCAGACAAUUUUAACAUGCACCGCGGGUUUUUGAGACUUUAAUGAAAUUCAGGCUCU